UCAAAUUGUUUGUUGUGGCCUCAUCGUCCGUGACAAACUGGUGAGGUUCAACGACAACGACAGGAUCUGGUCCCAGGAGAUGAGAGCUCUCCCCCGGCGCGCGGUCUGAACAGGGAUGAACUCAAGGAGCCGCGAUGGAAGAGACUUCACCGACCCCUCCAUCGGCACUGGAGGGGGCAAUCAACUUCAAAGCCCUGAGGGCCAAGUUUCAGGAAGAGGCCCGUCUGGCUCAGUCCAACAACAGACGGCCAGCUGUUGCUGAGAAACCCAAACAUCUUCCACCUCCUGGAGGACACUGCAGCUCCGUGAUUAGCAGCAUCAGUGUUGCUGUGGAAAGCAACAUACCAGUGGCUACCCGGGUCUUUUUCCGAGAUGGGCUGCAGGCAUCUGGAGGCAAGCCACCAAUUUCCUUUUCACCACAGCCUCGGCCGACAUCCCCCUCGUCCCAGCUCACCAACGGAGACAGCACAACAAGGCAGUCCCUCAAAGAGCGACACAUGCCUCAGGUGCUUCCUGCCUUCCCUGUAAAAGAGAAGAAAAUAGAAGCACCAGUCAGAAAGGCGCCCAAACCAGAACCAGAGUCACAAAAAGAAGUCCUGCCGCAAACUAAAAUCAAGAAGAAGGGUUUGCUGCUUCCCUUCAAGUCAGUCAAAGCAUCAAAAGUCAGUGCAGUAAAUGGAGAGGAGCCCACCUAUAAUGAUUUGACCAUGAGACCCUCUAGUGCUCCUGGCGAGUUGCCCUCAAUGGCGAGGCAGACCGCAGAAGACGGGGUAUCAGUCCAAAGUGAUCACUCUACUGUCGAGUGGCCCCUUUCAAGCCCGGACACGGGGAUCACCCCUCCGUCUUCGGAGACGAGCGGCGACUCCGACAACAGAAUCCUUAGCACCUUGGAGAGGGCCAAGAGAAAGUUCUCACGCCGGCAGAUGUUGUUUUCCAUAAAACCCAAGAGCCUGCAUUCCCCAGACUACGCAACAAGAGACAAGGCGUUCCCUUUGCCACCGAAGUACGUACUAAGUUUGGAGCCUGACCUCCCUGUACCCCCACCGGUCUGCUUGCCACACCUGGCUUGUAUUUCAGCGCGGCCUUUCUUCAAAGCCAACAAUACACGUAACCCGGCAUUCACUAAGCAGUUGGGCAGGGAUCGAGCUGCAUGUCCCUCUGUGAGGACGACUGAACCUCAUUCACCGUCUGCUCCUCCAAAGAAACCUCUACCUGACCUGAGCUCUCUGGGAAGACAGCCAGCGAAGCCCCCCAGACCUCCAUUAGUAGACCUUAGCUGCCACCGUCUACCCACAGCCCAUGUUGUGCCACCAGGUCUUAGCCAAGCUGCAGCUGUGGAGCCAGAGUGUGAGCUCCCAUCCAUCCCCAACCCUGUGCUGGACGCUCCAGAGUUUCCAGAGUUUCAGAUUUCAGAAAUCGAAGAAGCAGAGGGAGACGCUGUCGAUAUCGCUGCUCUCGAACUGGAGGCUUUAGACUUUGUCAUCUCUGACCUGCCCUUACCAGUUGACUUUGAUGUCCCAGAUUUUGAGGCUUCCCAGCCUGAUUUAUUUGGGUGUGAUCCCACAGAGCCCGGCGUGAGCUCCGUCACCCAAGAUCUGAACAUCGGCAGUCGAAAUAUAAUCCUGCUCGAUCCAGCCAGCUUCCCUGAACCAAUAAACUUUUCAGAUUUCCAAGAGCCUGCUGCGCCAGAGCAGUGGUCUCAGAGUGGGGAGGCGAUCGCACACCCUCUUUCUCACCCUCACGCUGAUGAGACUGCUGAGUGCCACUCUGUCCCAGAGGAAACAGAGCUUAGUAACCAUGCAGAAAUGAAUGAUGGUAUUCAGACACAUCCGAGUGCUCCUCAACAGGACAGUUCCUAUGAAGCAUGUGACAAUGUGUACGAAGAUGUUGAAAACCUCAACAAAGCUAUCUUUGGCCAGAACUCUCGUAAACGCAGAGCAGGUCUGAAGAAUCCAUAUGCUGACCCCCAAAAAAUGAAGGAGGAGGCGUCCCUAAACACAUGGCCGAGGAAUCUAUGGGCCACUGUAUCAGGAGAACAUGCUCACCCGGCCUAUAAUCAUGUCCACAGUAAGGAACGCCAAAGCCCCAACACUGCUGACCAUAAAGAACAGAAGAAGAGGGAGAAGCAUCGUUUUGAGAAAGAGAAAAAGGAGCAAAAAGAGAGGGAGAAAAAGGAGAAUGAAAUGAAAAAGAAGUUCAAGGUGACCGGUGAGGAGCAGCCCAUGUACCACGCCAAGGUCAUGGUGGCCAGUAAAGUCCGCAAGCAUGACCUGCCUGUGAAGAGCGGGGACACGGUCAGCAUCAUCCGCACCACUAACUGCCCCAAAGGCAAGUGGUUGGCUCGAGACGAAGACCACAAGUAUGGUUAUAUUUCAGUCAUGAAUGUGGAGCUAAAUAUCAAGGAGAUGCUGGAACUUGGGAAGAAGGCCCAAGCUGCAGGACGAGGAGGAAACCCAGACGGAGACACCAUCAGCAAUGACAGCAGAUCCUCCAGUCACCCUGUGCUAACAAGUAGCUUCACAGAUGACAGCGAGGAGUGGGCCUGUGAAGACGAGACUCUCUCGCCCUCCAACGAAAGCCAUAGUUUUCCCCAGCAGACCUCGUCCAUGUCGGAGAUGUCUUGUAACCAUGUCAGUGCCCAACACACUCUGAGCGAUGCCAACCUGGAGGACCUACACACACAAACCAGGCAUGAGGCCCUGCAGAAACUGGCCAUCUUCUUCCAACACACCAAAGAUGAAUUGGUUGAAGCUGAUGAAGUUGAAGGAAAAACACCCACAAAGUACAGUCUCUUCUCUUUUCAUGAAACAAUAGUUUGUGUAAAAAAAACUGUAAGUAAUAGAAACAUCAUUUCUUUUUCUGUCCUGUUCAAAGUGCUGAACCACCAGGUGAGUUUACAGACUUAAACGUUCUUUUUUUUUCAUGACUCUACUGUUGUCACCACUUCUGUCACACUCACUGAUACUGGUGAAGCUAAGAGGACACCCCUCACAGAUCACUUUGAGGACACUGGAGUCUAAGCACUGGUUGGCGUCUCGCCUGUCAUGGAAAAUAAACUGUGAGGAACAUUUAUCUGUUUAACGUGACCUGGAGACAUGAUGUUGGACAUUUUGCAGGGACGGUGGUUCAAAGUUCAUAUUACCCUUUUGUAUCUUCUUGUCUUUGUCCCAGAUUUCUUGUGUGCUGUUGAGGAGCCUCCUAAACCGUGAGUGUUGAGUCUCUUUCUAAUCAACGGGUGAAGCUCGGCUCAGUUUGAUCUCUAUUUGCAUUCGUGGAGUACUCGAAGAUCUUGGCAGAGAGGCGCUCACAGUACUUGAGGUUAUCUAGGAUCCCCUGACAUGAACUGUAAUGUUCCACUUUGUUUUGUACGACAGGGAAAAGGAGGUCGACUUCACCGAGCUGGAACUCCUUCCUCCCCCACCACUAUACGCUGACACCUUCUGAAUACCUCACCGGCUAAAACUUUAACCAGACUCCUGGUAUUGAUGCUGUGAAGAAGAUCUGCCAUUGGGACGUGUUUCCCAUGAAGUUCAACAUUUAUUUUAACUUCAGUGGGCAGAGAAAAGAGAAAAUAAUAUCAUUUAUGAGAAAUGAAGCUGCUGAUGUGACCGCAUUCAAUCCAAAUGUCACUUUAUCACUUUUGUGUUCCGCACUAUUUCUUUUUCUGAAGUUGCUGUUAAAAAGAGCAAACUGCACAAAAGAAGUCACUGUGCUUUAAUCACAACUGUUCACUUGUCGCUCGUGUUUAAGAGUAUGUUCUUUGCAUUUGGAUUUUCUCCGGUUUGUCUGUUACACCUAAUAAAUAUUUCUCAUUGGCUAA